UCUAGAAACGCUGGUCAUGGGGACGGAUGGCAAGCUCUGAAGCUUUCUGGAGAAGGUGACUGAGUUAUUAAGGCAGCGGCACUGGAAACUCCAGGAGUCGAGAGCAGGCCAAGCACUGUCCCUGGGUAGAUGCUGAGGCUCGUAGGGGCCACUUCUCCUGCCCAGGAAGGUGCCCAGGGCUGUGGGGAGCCAGGACUGGGCGCGUCUUCCCCCGGGCCGGUGUUGGGACCCGGGCAGCAGCUGUGCAGGUGCCUGGGGAUGACGAUGCGGGCGCCCGCGCUGCUCUUCCUCCUGGGCUGCCUGGUGGUUCCUGGCGGCGCCCGCAUCCUGGGGCGCUGUGAGGUGGCUCGGAAGCUCCACGAAGGGGGCCUGGACUACUUUGAGGGCUACAGCCUCGCCAACUGGGUGUGCCUGGCGUAUUUUGAGAGCAAGUUCAACCCCUCGGCGGUGUACGAGAACGAGCAGGACGACUCCCUGGGCUACGGCCUCUUCCAGAUCCGCGACAACAAGUGGUGUGAGCCGGGCAGGAACCUCUGCCACGUGGCCUGCUCAGAGUUACUGAAUCCAAAUUUAAAGGAGACAAUCAAAUGUGUCAAGAAAAUUGUGAAAGGAAAACGUGGGCUGGGAGCCUGGCCCAGCUGGUCCCUGCUCUGCCGGUACUCCGACACCCUGGCGCGGUGGCUGGACGGCUGCAAGCUGUAGCUGGGGAGUGCCCUGCGUGCCCACUGCUGCGUCCAGGACUCGGAGGGGCUGCAUUCGCUGCUCUGCUCCAUCCUGCUGUCAUCUCGCUGCCUGACAGCUCCCGGAGGAGAACGACAGAAGCUCGCUUCUCUAGAGACGCAGGAUGCAGAAUAAACCCGCUUGCUCCUCA